CUAAUUCCAGGUUGUCAGAAUUUCUGAAGUGUUUGAAAUGUCCGACCAGAGAUCAUAUCCAAUUCCAUAUCGCAGCCAACUGCAAGAGAAGAUAGAACCUGGACAAACAUUGAUUAUUAAAGGGUCAACGAUCGAUGAAAGCCAACGAUUUACGGUAAGUUUACACUGCAAAGCAGCAGACUUCAGUGGGAAUGAUGUGCCACUUCAUAUAUCAGUCAGAUUUGACGAGGGCAAAAUUGUAAUGAAUAGUUUUGCAAACGGAGAAUGGGGUAAAGAGGAACGCAAAAGUCUUCCGUUCAAAAAAGGUACGCCUUUCGAUAUCCGGAUUCGAGCACAUGACGAUCGAUAUCAGAUUUUCUGCGAUCAGAAAGAAUUCAAAGAUUUCGAGCACCGCUUACCAUUGUCUUCCGUUUCUCAUCUAUCGAUUGAUGGCGAUUUGUAUCUUAAUCAAGUACACUGGGGUGGAAAGUACUAUCCCAUACCCUAUGAAAGCGGUAUUUCACAAGGUUUAGCCGUCGGGAGAACGCUGAUGGUAUUCUUAUGUCCGGAGAAGAAAGCAAAACGUUUCAAUAUCAAUUUGUUAAAAAAGAAUGGUGAUAUUGCAUUGCAUUUCAAUCCUCGCUUUGAUGAAAAGGCAGUUACUCGUAACGCUCUUCAAGCUGGCGAUUGGGGUAAUGAAGAAAGAGAAGGCAAGAUGCCAUUCGAGAAGGGCGUUGGAGCAGAUUUGAAAAUUGUCAAUGAAGAAUAUGGAUUUCAGAUUUACGUGAAUGACGUGCGAUUUUGUUCAUUUGCUCAUCGUUCCGACCCUCAUGAUAUUACCGGUUUGCAAAUUCAUGGCGAUAUCGAACUUACGGGCAUACAAAUUCAUUAAAGAAAGUAUACCAAUAUACCGAUAUCAUACACGCUUAUCUUUCUAACUAAAUUAUUUGGUCUUCAAUAGUAAUACAUCCGUUGCUGCAGUACUUUGUUUCCUUUAUUCUAAUUUACUGCAAAUGUUUCCUUCUUGGAUAGUGGAUUUUGGUCAAGUCUGUUUCGGUUAUAGGUGUCUCAUGAGUGAGGUAAUGGGUUCUUGGUCGAUUUGUCUUGUUUUUUUCUCUAUUUUUAGAGCCAUUAUUCACAUUAUUGUUCGCGUUUCGUCUGUUUUAGGAUGUGAAGUUCACAUAGAUUUUUAUUCACAUCAAAGCUUGCUGCAUCCAGAUUUCUAAUGAAAUUCAAAUUCAAGAACUCUCGACUUCAAGAAGAUGUGGAUAACAUGAUGUCCAUUCCAUCUUUAUACAUUAUUAUUCACUUUUUUUUUCUCGUAAUGUUUCCAAUAUGUGCAAAUAACUGCUUCGCAUGGGUGAUACUUGCCAACUCCUUGUGGAAUAUGGAUCUUAAGUUGGGUUUUAAUUUUGUAAUCCGGAUUUAAAUCAGGAUAUGAUGUUCACCACAUAGUUCUCAUAUUUUCUUCUCUUCAACUUUUAAUCAAUAAAGUUCACC